UGAAGUCCUUCUGAUACAAUGACCCGUUAUUUAGGCUCAUUAUAUUAACUUUCCCAUUUAAUAACCCUCACACACGAUUCUGAGGUCAACAGAUGAGAUGGAAGUUCUCACACUCCUGCUCUUAUUCAUCAUUGCGCCUUUACAUUUGUCCAUCCGACAACCAAGUGCCGGACUAGAAGUUUUGGACAUGCAUGAAUGGUUAACAAAUAGAAAAGAGGAGAGUAAAGAUGCCAACAGAGACGCACUGCAAGAAGAGCGGGAGAGCAUGCUGGUGGCAGGGAUCAUCCAAAACAAAUCAAAUAGUGUGCCUCGUGGUACUCCGACUCCUCAAUCUUUUUCCAAUCCAGAAGCUCCCAGCAUCUUCUCAAAUGUGACUCCCGAGGACCCCAAGUCCAUCACACCAAUGGAAGACGUCCUCACCAAGGUGCUUCCGAGACAUUAUUCUAACCCAGAUGCGGAAGCCCAACCUGUGAGGAACGCCGCAGGCACAAGAACGACAAGCGCCAUCAUUGAAAGACGAGAGUAUGACCAAACAGUGACCGAGCCUUCAGUCAAAAGCGAGAAAAAUGCACGUAUUGGAAAUCGCAAGCGAAAUGGAAGGGGAAAAAAUGUGAAAGAAAUGAAGACCAAAAAGACGGAGCAUUUUCCUUACUUCAAGGACAACUACUGUCCUCCGGAUUGCGCUUGCUAUGGAGGGGUGGUCCAGUGCUCAGACAAAUCGGCGGACAAGAUCCCGUACGGCAUCCCCUACAGCUCACGUUACAUCCUGCUGAUGAACAACCACAUCAACAGCAUCCAGCUGGACCUCCUCCGGGGAUACGCCUCUUUGGAGUUCCUGGUCCUGAGCAAAAAUCGCCUGACAGACGACUCGGUGGAGGGGGCGUUCGAGGGCGUCCCAGCCCUGAAACGUCUCUACCUGGAUGGGAACCUGCUAGCGAGUGUACCGACGGACCUUCCGGCUUCCCUCGAGGAGCUUCGCCUGGAUAACAACCGCGUGAGGGUGAUGUCCGAGUCAUAUUGGGCUCGCUGUCGUGGCCUUUUGGUGUUAAGCCUCAGCAACAACAGUUUGGGUGAAGGAUCGGGAUCACUUCCGGAUGCCGUGCUGUCCCCCCUGCAACACUUGAGGACUUUGAACCUGGAUCACAACCAACUGACGAGCGUCCCCCUUGGGUUGCCUCUGUCCGUCAAGGAGCUGUACCUCAGAGGCAACCUCAUCGAGCACUUCGGCGGCAAAGCAUUCAAUGGGCAAUCCCGGCUGGCGAUUUUGGACCUGAGUGCCAAUAGACUGAGCAACAAGGGCCUGCCCAAAGACGCUCUCAUCCAAGCGUCCCACCUGGAGAGUCUCAACCUGGAGGGCAACCGACUCCAAAAAGUACCCCGACACCUCCCCUCGUCCAUCAAAACGUUAAACCUCGAGGGCAACCUCAUCUCCGCAAUUGGAAGAGUCGCUUUCAACUCCUUGAAGAACCUGGAACAUCUGGGCCUGGCCUGGAACAAGAUCUCCAAAGUGGCCCCGGGCGCAUUCUUGAGUUUGCGCACCCUGCACCAGCUGGACCUUUGCCACAACGCCUUGAGCCAGGUGCCCAGACAGCUUCCGCAGGGCCUCCGCUCGUUGGCGCUCACUCACAACAAGAUCCAGUCGGUGCCUCGGGACGCCUUCUGCUGGGGUCAAGCGGGCUCAAGCCUCAGCGGGCUUGUCCGAGUGCAGUUAGCGGACAAUUUGAUGGACAUGGGAAAGCUGGACUCCAAGGCCUUCAGGUGCUUGAGGGGAUUUCAGGUUGUGCAUUUCUACUGAGACAAAAGCCACUGGAAAAGAGGCAUAUAUGACUGCUGGGAUACUAAAAUGUAUUGUUUUCGUUUGGCAUAAGAAGCGGGAUUAAUUUUUGGUCAUUUUAUGACACCAGGAGAUUGUUUAAUUUUUCAUGACCCGUGCAGGUAACUUUGUACUAAUGAUAAUCGCUCAGCAUUAGAUUUUUACUGAACCGAAUAACAGUUUCUUCUUAACCAUUGCCACCUAUUUCUUGAUAAAGUCCUGCAAAUGUUUUCCUGCAUUUCUGUGGGCGGAGGGGGAUAUAUUUAUAAUAAUCUGUGUAUCCAAUCUAUAAAUAGGAUACCUUUUUGCUCUCUUAAUACCAAUGAAACGUCGCCCCCCCCCAAAAAAAAUGUUUGUUUUAAGAUUGCCAACGUGUGCUACUAUAUCGUAUGGUCAAGAUGUAUAUUUUCUGACGCUCCAAAUAGAAAUAAAGCACUGUACUGUGCUGCUUCGCUCAACAAAACCAAUGAGAGGCUUGCUUGAGCGAGCUAUGUGACCACUAGAUGGCAGUAGAGUACAGAGAGAAUAUUGCGAAGCGAUAAAUGUCCUCAUGUUUGCACAAAACUGUCAUUUAGGCAAAAAAAAAAUUAAAUAAAUGUGCAUGUGGACGUUUU